GUCCCCGUCCCCGGAGCGGGCGGAGGGCGACGAUGGCCGGGCGGCAGCGGCCGGGCGGGCGGAGCGGCGAGGAAGCGGAGGACGAGCUGCCGGUCUACCUGGCUCGGCCCGGCACGGCGGCCCAGACGCCGCGGCAGAAGUACGGCGGGAUGUUCGCGGCGGUGGAGGGCGCCUUCGAGAACAAGACGCUCGACUUCCAGGCCUACAGCGUGGGCCAGAAGGGAGCGCGCACCCCGCGCAGCGGCAGCCGCUCCGACCUGCUGGACCGCGCCGGCGAGGCCGGCGGCGACUGCAGCGAGGUGUCCGGCUCCGGUUUCAGCUCGCCGGCCGGGGAGGCUAACGACCGCCGGCCGGCCCUCUGCCUGGAGCUCCGGCCCCCGCUGGCCGACCAGCCCUGGCCCGGCCCGGAGGAAGGCAAGGGUGAUGGUUUAUUCAUUAAGAACGGACGGAUUAUCAACGAUGACCACUCCUUCUACGCCGAUGUGUACGUGGAAGACGGACUUAUAAAACAAAUUGGAGAGAAUCUGGUUGUCCCUGGAGGCCCAAAAACCAUCGAGGCAAGCGGCUUUAUGAUUCUCCCAGGGGGCAUCGACAGCAACACUUAUCUGCAGAAAUCCGUUCAGGGCUUAGCAGCAGCUGAUGACUUUUAUCAAGGCACGAAGGCUGCGUUGGCUGGAGGCACCACCACCGUCAUUGACCACGUCCUUCCGGAGCCCGGCUCCUGUUUAUUAACGGUGUUUGGAAAGUGGAAAGAGGCAGCAGAGAGCAAAUCCUGUUGUGAUUAUUCUCUGCACGUGGACAUCACCGACUGGUAUGAUGGGAUCCAGGAAGAUCUGGAAAAUCUGGUGCACAACAAAGGUAUCAAUUCUUUCCAAGUCUACAUGGGCUAUAAAGAUCUCUACCAAAUGACCGAUUCCCAACUCUACGAAGCAUUUACAUUUCUGAAAAGUCUCGGAGCGGUUAUCAUGGUGCACGCAGAAAAUGGGGAUUUGAUAGCUCAGGAGCAAAAGCGGGUGCUGGAGAUGGGAAUCACAGGGCCAGAAGGACAUGCUCUGAGCCGUCCUGAGGAGCUGGAAGCAGAAGCCAUAUUCCGGGCUAUCACUAUAGCUACUCGGAUCAACUGUCCGGUCUAUAUCACUAAAGUUAUGAGUAAGAGUGCUGCUGAUGUAAUCUCGCUGGCUAGGAAGAAAGGUGCUCUGGUAUUGGGGGAACCAAUCACGGCCAGUCUGGGGACUGAUGGGACCCAUUAUUGGAACAAGAAUUGGGCUAAGGCUGCUGCAUUUGUGACCUCGCCACCCCUGAGUCUGGAUCCUACCACCCCUGACCACUUGACCUCACUUUUAGCUUGUGGGGACCUGCAAGUGACCGGGAGCAGCCACUGUACUUACAGCACAGCACAAAAGGCUGUGGGCAAGGAAAACUUCGCCCUCAUCCCAGAAGGGGUUAAUGGAAUUGAAGAAAGGAUGACGGUGGUCUGGAAUAAAUGUGUGUCUACAGGUAAAAUGGAUGAGAACCAGUUUGUUGCCAUUACUAGCACCAACGCUGCCAAAAUCUUCAAUCUGUACCCGCGAAAGGGCAGGAUUCAGGCUGGUUCUGAUGCUGACCUUGUUAUUUGGGAUCCCGACAAGGAGAAGACAAUCACAGCAAAAAGUCAUAAAUCGGCUGUUGAAUAUAACAUUUUUGAAGGGAUGGAAUGCCGUGGGGCUCCGCACAUAGUUAUUAGCCGAGGGAAGAUUGUGUUCGAGGAUGGGAACCUGUCCGCCAGAAAGGGCACGGGGUCUUUCCUCCCACGAAACGCCUUUCCCGAGUAUCUUUAUCAACGGAUCAAAACGAGGAAUAAGCAGAUGGCAGAAUUACAGGGUGUUUCUCGAGGGAUGUACGACGGGCCGGUCUAUGAAGUUUCAGCAACUCCUGCAAAAUACGCCACCCCAGCUCCCUCAACGAAAACGUCGCCUGCCAAAAACCAGCCUCCACCAAUCAGAAACCUCCAUCAGUCUAAUUUCAGUUUAUCAGGGGCUCAAGUAGAUGACCACAAUCCUCGCCGGACUGGACACCGUAUUGUGGCACCACCAGGAGGCCGCUCCAACAUCACGAGCCUCGGUUGAGCAUAGAUGGAAGUUGGAAACGAAGAAUGAACGCUCUUACUCCUCCUCGACAUCCGUGUUCCUUAGCCCAUAUUUCAUUCAUUGCUAUGCGAGAAAAAAUGGUCUGUCUUCAGAAAUAAGUGUCAUAGUGUGAUGUGUUUGCUUGGAAUGAAUCACCUUGGUUGUGUUUGCCAUCUUAAAAAGCAUGGUUCUCCCAGUGCUUGGCGAGCAGCGGUGCUGCUCGUAGCUUUGCUUGCAGUAGAGUUGCCCCUUUGCCCCUUCCCACCCUUUUCUCCCUUAGUUGUGCUAGAUUAGGCAAUGCAUGUUGCCGACGAAGCAAGUUGCGUCUUGCGCGUCUGCUUUAGAGCAAGGCCGCCUUGCCACUUUGGAUUAGGCACGAGGUCAAGGCGUGAUGUUCCGUUAAAGGAAGACACUUAUGGACGUCUUACAAAUAUGCAGUAGAAUUUUUGUUGGUGUACAUUUUUACUCAUAACAGACCCCAUGAAGAAUAGAGGAGGGGGGAGCAAUAGGCUGUGAUCUUCUCAGUCGAGUCAAACUCUUGUCUGACUUUAGGAAAAGCCAUUAUUAAUUCAUGUGGUGACCGUAGAGGAUUUUCAUAGACGGUCAUCUUUACAGGCCAGUUUUGGUACUUGUAAACGUUUCCAAUGUUUGUUGGGUUUUUAACGUUUUUUUUUUGUACGGAAAGUUUUUCCCCACCUCCUUAUAGGUAGUGGUUAUUUAUUACAAUGUGUCAAAUUUAGUAGUUGUGGCUCAUUUUUUUAAAACACUGGUGAAAUAAAAGAACAUGAAAUAA